AUUUAGGCUUGGCUCCGACGAUGGCCGAAAAAUCCUCUGUUCGCAGAAAAAGCUAAGACAAAAAGCUUGUUAUUGCGAAAGACACACAGCAUUUCAGUCGAAUAUGUCUUUACUGCCAGCUCUGGAUGAGACUGAGCAGAGUCCAGGACAUGGCUGGAAUACAUCAAACCGGUUUGGCAUAGAUUCCUCAGCUGGAGGCAAACAGUUUGACUAUCAUCACUUAAUCAAUCAGAACAACUCCGGCGAGGUGCCAGAUGCUCUUAUAGAAGAAGAAGUGAUACAAGAAAAUGAACCACAGUCUGAAGUGAGUUUUGACCAACAUCAGCAAACAAUCCAACAACAACAGACACCACAACAGCAGCAACAGCAAAAAAUGUUGUCGCAGCAGCAACAUGAAGUGAAGCAACAGCAGCAGCAGCAGACGUCAAUGUCUCAGCAGCAGCACUUGUAUCAGCAGCAACAUCAUCUUCAGCAGAAGCAAGCCAUGCUGCAGAGUCAGAAAGGGAUAGUUCAGCAGUCACCGAACAGAAAGUCUACCCCACAAAAAUUAAUGUACACUGUCCUACAUUCAGGGAAACAACCGCAACAGAUAGUGAUGCCUAAUAAACCUGUCCGUCAUCAUGGUCCGCAGCACGUUGGACAGAACUUCCAUGUGCAGCAAGGUCAGAACAGACCUGCAGCAACACAGCAGCAGUCUUUGAUGAAUAGCAAUAACAAUCCGAUUGAGGAGGAGAUAAACCAACAGCUUCUCCAAACACAGAAAGAGAUUGAAGAAAAUAACAAAAAACUGGCUUCAUUUGGCCUCCCACCGGUGUCUGCGUUAACUUCUGCACAGUCAGAAUUUAAUUCACCACAACAGAUACUUAAUAACUGUGAUUAUAUGGGAUCAAUGCGCGUGCAGGGCUCGGCCAAUCAGUCGGACCCUGGUGCGAGAAUUCGGCAGAUGUUAACUCAAUCACAAGGUGGUCCAACACAAAGGAAAGUGGAUAUUAAUUUUCCAGAUAGUAAUGGUGCUUUUCAAACAAAUCAGAAUCAAAGACUAUCACAAGGGGGACAGGGCAAUCAGAAAGCCCAAGUUAUAACCGUGUCUGGACGAGGGCAGUCUCUUUUAUCUCAAACUCAGCAAAGACCUCAAAUGAAGCCUGGCAUUGUGCAGUUGCCUAGUCAGGCAAUGCAAGGGAAUCGAACUACCUCCACCUCGUACCAAAGUCCGGUACAGGUACAAACAGUAUCAACUAAUCAGACACAAAAUCAGUCUUUAGUAAAAACAGGGAACCCAAAUCCAAUGCAAAAAAUUAAUAAAAACAAUGUAGUUCUUGAAGGGGGUGGGCAGUUUGAAGAGGGUCAGGCAUAUGUUAUACGAGAUCGCUAUGGUACUGCAAGAACAAUGGUUUGGAGAAAUGGUGAAUUUCAUCCAUAUGAGAAAGAAAAGGGAGUACAGAUUCAGCAUUCAGCGAUAGAUUCUAGUCAGCGAGGUAGAGGUGCUCGUGGUGGUAGAAGCAGAGGUAGAGGUCGUGGUCAAUUCCAUGGUAACGCCACUGGUGUUCAUAUGACUCAGAAUGUUAGAGGAGUUUCACCCAUGAAUAACGGGAUGAGACCGGUGCGGCAUAACACUCCAAUGCCAGGUCGUCCACAAUUGAACUUCUUGCGACAGAAUUUAAUUCAUCAGGUUGGCCACCCAAGCAAUCAGCAAAUGCGCCAACUGUCAAACCAGGGACAUGUUAUUCAUACCUCACAGGGCAGCCUAAAUGCGCCAAUUAUUAGUGUUGUAACAACACCCGGUGUGCCGGGACAGUUGGUUCAACAGCGGCCGAAGCUGUCCCUGCAGAACUUAAUGCCAGCUGCGCAGAUUAAGCCAAAGAAUCCAGAGGAGAGUUAUACUGAGCCAGAGGCAGUUAUAGAACAAGUUGAACAGAAAGGGAGUGAGCCAGCAGCAACAGAUAAGGAACAUGUUUUAGACCCUCCAAAUGUACCCGAAGACCCAAGUGCUUAUGCAGUGUGUCAAUAUUGUGGAACUACCAGUAUGGAUAAAUAUAAAUGUGAAAGUUGUAAACGAAUGUUCACUAGUGCUACUAAAUAUGUGAUCCCUAGUGCGUCAGGAGACGGUAAUCCGGAAACAAAACGUAGAAAACUUACAGUUGAAACAGGAACUACAGUUUCAACAAUAACUAGUGUAGAUAAAAGCUCAUUUUAUAGUAAAAAGAUCCAAGAACAAGGUGAAAUAUAUGUGAAAGUGAUAAACGCCUCGAACAAUGCUGUGACGGGGCCAGGUGCAAGGCACCAGCCUCGGAUUAUUCGACCAGCUUAUGGAAGAGGGAAAAGGGGGCGAGGUCGGGGGCGCGGUACUUUUGUUCCAGAAACAGUAACAAUAUCAUCAGAUGAGGAAGAAAGCAGUGAUACAAACAGGUCACAAUCUCAAUCAAUGUCAGCCCCUGCCACACCAGCCUCGGUACCCAGCAGAUCUCCUAGUCACGCCGGGGACCAGCCAGAAUGUCCCGAGUCUCCACUUAUACCUACCAUACCACUAUCACUUAAGAAAGGAGAAAAAGCCAGAGUUAAAAAGAUGGAAGAUGCGGAGGGCACCAAUUCCCGAGAGAAAUCUCCUUCACCAACUGAGGUUACAUUGAUUGCGAGAACAGUGCGAGUAGGCACAUUCAGGGGCGCACCAGUAGAACCUAUACUUAUCUCAGACAACGGACUGAACUUCUUCAUUGAAGGUGUGACAGGGACCCACACGUUUCACCUGUACCCGCAGGAAAUUCAGCAGUGCUUAACCAAGUUUGAUGGUGAACCAAACCUGAUAUUCUUCCUGACCACACAGUCCUGUGCUUUAAGGACCAGGAAAGAUCUGGGCAUGGUUAUGAAUGCGGACCCCAUGAAACCACCACCUGAACACUACUAUGAUCCUGCUGGGGCAGAUAUGCGACAUCAGAUGAUCACAAUUGUGAUGGAUCAAGUAUCUGUGGAAACUAGGCUCGACUUCCAAAAAUACAUGGAAUUAUUCAAGUCCUGGGGAAAGCAGGGUGACGAAGCUUUCUUUAUGGAACUAAGCAAAGAUGAGGCAGACGAGAUAUUCCGACAGUCCACCAGUGUGCAGAGAGUGCAGCAAGCUGUCACAUCGGCUUCUAUGGUUACAGAUCAUGGUUAUAGUCAGGCUGGUGAAGAAGAUCGACAAAGUCGAUCACCAUCUCCAAAGAUAGGCUUCGUUGGCCCUAUUAUCAAGUUAUUGACAUACCCACCACCGCCAGCGAAAGGUGGAAUCUCGAUAACAAAUGAAGAUCUGUAUUGUCUACAGGAAGGAGAAUUCCUAAAUGAUGUCAUCAUUGACUUCUAUCUCAAGUAUCUGUUGCGUGAAAAGUUGAGUCCAGAGGACCAUGAUCGUACUCAUAUCUUCAGUUCAUUUUUCUAUAAACGUUUAACCCAACGUAUACGAGGGGCUGCGAUAGAUGAUGAUCCAAAUGUAACAUUACCAGUUAAAAGACAUGCCAGAGUAAAAACUUGGACUAGGAAAUUAGAUCUAUUUGAAAAGGAUUUUAUAGUUAUUCCUAUAAAUGAACAUGCUCACUGGUUCUUGGCUAUCAUUUGUUUCCCGGGACUGGAGAAACCAGUGGAGAAUCCAUACAUUCCAAAGCCAGUGACAACUCCAUUGAUAGAUCCAGCAAGUUGCCCCACACCUCCACAGCCUACAGAUGAUGGUGGGGAUGAAAUGGACACGGAGGAUAAUGAAGAUCCUUUGCCUGAUAUAGCAAAUGCCAAUACAGAAGUAGGAAAACCUCCAGCACCUGAUACAAAUGGUUCAUCUUCAGAAGUUACAGACAAUGCGAAAGAAAUGACUGAGUCACAGUCUAAUCCUGCAGCAGAUAAUUCAAAACUUGAGAACCAGCCAAAUAAAAAUGAUUCUGAAAAUAGUGAGGAUACACAGUCUGAAAAAACUGAUUCACAGUCAGAAAAAGCUGAGUCACAGUCUGAAAAAGCAGAAUCUUCUGAAGGAAAAGAGGAAGAGACUGGGUCUGAGACUACGGGUGAAAAAUCAGAAUGUGGUCAAGGGGAUUCCGGAGUGAAACAGACAAGAUCCAUGAAAACAAUCUUAAAGAGUAUACGUGGAAAGGCUGUAUCUGAAGGAGAAACCUUGCCUCCUGAGGCUAUCUGUGGUGUCAGACAACCAUGUAUCAUGAUAUUUGACUCCUUAUCGGGUCCUUCCAGAAAUAGAAUAGUGACAGUGUUAAAAGAGUAUUUACAAGUGGAAUGGGCAGUGAAAAAAGGUGGCCCAGAACUGAGUAAAACUUCAAUUAAAGGUUGUGCUCCUAAGGUUCCACAACAAAACAACUUCAGUGAUUGUGGCGUGUAUAUGUUACAAUAUGUAGAAAGCUUUUUUGAGGUAAGUUACAAUGGAACUCAUUAACUGGAAAUACAGGCU